GACCUUGCUGCUUCGGGCGCGCCCAGAGCUUGCGGCUAGCCAGAAGCGAGGUUUCAGAUUCCCGAAGUCUCAGGCCACUGUCCCAAGCUGCCCGAAGCUGGGAGGCCCCGUCCAGCUCCCGGAAGGCUGGAGGGAGGUACCUGGCCAAGCUGUCUUCAGUGGGGAGCAUCUCUGAGGAGGAGACAUGUGAGAAGCUCAAGGGCCUGAUCCAGAGGCAGGUGCAGAUGUGCAAGCGGAACCUGGAGGUGAUGGACUCAGUGCGCCGCGGCGCCCAGCUGGCCAUCGAGGAAUGUCAGUACCAGUUCCGGAACCGGCGCUGGAACUGCUCCACACUCGACUCUCUGCCCGUCUUUGGCAAGGUGGUAACGCAAGGGACUCGGGAGGCGGCCUUUGUGUACGCCAUCUCUUCAGCAGGUGUUGCCUUUGCGGUGACACGGGCCUGCAGCAGCGGGGAGCUGGAAAAGUGCGGCUGUGAUCGGACAGUGCAUGGGGUCAGUCCUCAGGGCUUCCAGUGGUCGGGAUGCUCAGACAACAUCGCCUACGGCGUCGCCUUCUCCCAGUCAUUUGUUGACGUGCGCGAGAGAAGCAAGGGGGCCUCGUCCAGCCGGGCCCUCAUGAACCUCCACAACAACGAGGCCGGCAGGAAGGCCAUCCUGUCACACAUGCGGGUGGAGUGCAAGUGCCACGGGGUAUCAGGCUCCUGCGAAGUGAAAACGUGCUGGCGAGCCGUGCCACCAUUCCGCCAGGUGGGCCACGCACUGAAGGAGAAGUUUGAUGGCGCCACCGAGGUGGAGCCCCGCCGAGUGGGCUCCUCCCGGGCGUUGGUACCACGCAACGCACAGUUCAAGCCGCACACAGAUGAGGACCUGGUGUACUUGGAGCCCAGCCCAGACUUCUGCGAACAGGACAUGCGCAGUGGCGUGCUGGGCACAAGGGGCCGGACAUGCAACAAGACGUCCAAGGCCAUCGAUGGCUGUGAGCUGCUGUGCUGCGGCCGCGGCUUCCACACGGAACAGGUGGAGCUGGCCGAGCGCUGCAGCUGCAAGUUCCACUGGUGCUGCUUCGUCAAGUGCCGACAGUGCCAGCGGCUCGUAGAGCUGCACACGUGCCGGUGACUGCACCGCCUGUGCUCAGCAACCACCCGAGUGGCCCAGGGAAGGCCAGUAAUUUAAAGAGUCUCCCACCACCUCCCCGAGAGAUCCUGGUUGUAUUUUUUGUUCUGGUUUGGUUUUUGGGUCCUCAUAUUAUUUAUUGCCGAAACCAGGCAGGCGACCCUAAGAGUACCAACCGUGGCCUCCCACAAAGCCCAAGGCUUUGUGGCUGCCACUGACCAAAGGACCUUGCUUAUGGCUCUGGUUGUCCACAUAAGGCUGCUGCUGACCACUCAGUUGUUAUCUGUGUCCAUUUUCCUACUUGCAGACUUAAGAUAGGUAACAAGGAGUGUUACAGCCACAUGGCUACUGACCCCGCCAUCUAGGGAAACAGGUGGCCCUAUGGUAGGGAAAAUAGGUGUCAUCUUGAUGGAAUUCAUAUCACCUGGAAAAAGAACUGGCAACUCUCCACCACACACAUACACAAGGCCCUCUGGCAACUUGGCCCUGGUAGCCUUGCCUCUGGAACUCCCUGGAAAGAGCCUGGGCAGGUACCAGGUCAAAGGCAAAGAGCUCACUUCAGCUCUCACGAGGGCAGCUGGAAGGUCAGCCUCUGUGGGACCUUCCAAUAGGAAGUACAGGUGAGGUGAGGGCAAGAGAAGGCUACAGUCCCACCCUGGAGCCCAGCCUGCCCCAGCACACCCUUUAGCAGAGCCAUCUUGGUACUCCCCAGCCCCUCCUAGUCAGGCCCCAUGUGAGUCACCUCUCAGGGUGCUGUUCUCUUGUGAAACUGAGAAUGGAAAUCUCACACUCAGAGACAGGAAAGGACUGUGCAGAGAGUCCUCCAUUAUCUUACUCACUUAACUAAAUUUACUGAGUAAAUACGUCCAAGGCCUUGUAUUGGGGCACCUCCCUUGAUUAUUACACCAGUCCUGGGACAGACAGGCACAUGCCAUUUCACAGCUGAGGGCAAUGCUUACCAGCUCCAUAGCAAGCUGAGCAGAGGCAGAGCCACAAGAGUUCUCCAGCCAGGCUCCUCCAUGGCCCCUGCACCCAAAGGCACAGACACAGAAGGUAUCUUGAACCUGAGCCUUGAGAGGGGUUCUGGCUGCAAGAAAAGGAAUGGAAGCAGCAGGGGCCAGAGACCACAGGCUGGGCUAGAGCCCACGAGGCUACAGAGAGAAAACAGGCUGUGAGAAAAGAGGCGAGUAACUGGAAGGCUCACCAGUGAAGUCUCGGCAGUGGAGACCCCUCCACCCCCAGACCUCCAGGUUUCCAAGGCCUUGGGUGCAUGGGACUUAAGAUCCCCAAAAGAGCACCAGCAGUCCAGACUUCUGUCAACAGUUGUGCACAGACACAGUUACUUCUCAGUUGGGCUCCCAACCACCAGGUCGACCUUGCUAUCGACCCAAAGAGUGCCCCCCAACCCUGUUUGAGGUCUUGAGUUCUAGGAUCCCCAUUUGGGGUUCCAAGACCCCAAGCUCUUGAUUUUAGGGUUCAGUGUCUGAAAGCCAAGUCAAAGAUUCAGAAUCUGAACUCGAGCCUGCAGAAACUCUCCUUUUGGUUUGUGCUGCCUGAUGUUGGCGCCCCCUGCAAAGAGGGUCAACACCCUUGGCCCCCAACCAAGCUCUCUGCUUAAUGCCUAACCAAGUAAGAGGCCAAAACCAAGUGACAUGCUGGAGCCACAUUCAAAUACAGAGAUAAUCUCGGGGCCGUCUGGUUCUGAUGUGGAAGAAAGCUAAGCUGACUAAGGGUCCCCACAGCUGCCCAGCUGGGCCCACUGCCACUUUAGCGGAUUCAGUUCAGCUGCCUGCUCAGCGCCAGGGAAAACACUAUGCCUCACUGGCAGAGCCAGAUCCAGACAAAAGGGAGAGUGGGGACCACCCGGCUCCAGGGAGCUGAGCUACUUUCCCCUACCCCGGGGAACCGCGGGCCCAGGCUGCUUGCUGAUUGGAUGGGCAAUGCCCCAAGAAGCAGCGAGAAGGUGUGUGCCCCAUCACAGGCUUCAGCCACCUUUCCACCUGCCAGGGAGCACCUCAGAGCUGAUCCUCCUGGGGUUAUGAAGGCUGUGCCCUAGGUCAAUCAGACCACAUUCUAGGAACCUCUGAAGAGCCCUACUGCCACUGCCACCUUCACUGCCACCAAGGCCAAAGAAAUUCACAACCACAGAAAAAAGCAGCUUCCUUGGACCCGCUCAGCUCCAAACUGUCCCAAAUGAAAAAAGAGGAGGACUGACACAGGCCUGUCAUAGCUGCAUGGGGCUUGGAAAGUGGUCAGUAGGCUCACAUCCUGCCCGAACCCUUCUCCACCAUUCUUAUACCAAGGCAAAAGUAAUGUUCUCUGAGGCCUAGGGCUGGAUAAACCCCAGCUCUGGAUGCUGCUUCCCCACUCUGCUGCCCACUCAUCCUUCAAUUUUUAUACUAGGCUCCUUGCCAUUGUGACAUCCCCAUGACAUAGUCUGAUGCACGAUAAAAUGAUUAUUUCUUUAUCUGGCAA